CAUACGAACCUACCGGCAUAGCUCUACCAAGCGGCUGCAACAGAAUGAGCAUAGAAACAUAAGGCAUCCUUGUCUGUAGCGGUUGUGCGGUGGGAGGUGUCGCAAUGGAACUCUUACGCGCAACUCUUCUUGCUGCGAGCCAGCCGUAUGCACGCGGAGGAGGGCAGAGCACCACCACUGCACCCAGCAAGGGUGUCGGAGGCUCGUGGGCCCUGCUGUCAGAGGCAUGCAAGCUGCCCGGCUUUGAGGCGGAGCUGCGGCGCCUGGUGGCGGAGGUGUACCCGCGGGCCCCACACCUGCGCAGUGGACUUGACCAGGUGCUCCAGCGGCUGCUCGCGGACCAGCCUCUGCUAGCCGGCGCAGUGGUGGGGCCGGUGAUGGCAGCACUGCGGGCCGCGCAUGCCGCCAGCGCCGCCGCAGCCGCAGCCGGCGGUAGCAGUGGCAGCGGGCCGGACAGAGGUGGCGGUGGCGCGGCUUCAGCUGAUGCAUCAGCGGCGAGCAAGAAGCGGAAGAAGGGAAAGAAGGGAAAGAUCAGCACGGCAGCAUCUGAGCCAAAGGAUGCAGGGGCGGCUCUGGGAGGGGGUUCUGCAGACGAGGAUGCCGGCGGCGCCGCCGGUGCGGAAAUAGCAGUAGACGCUGACAUGGCAGAUGCUAACGGUGCGGCCACACACCCGCAGCAGCACGAGCCGUCGCAGCAACGCGACGGCGACCCUGCGCCAGCUGCCGGGACCCUGGCGCCGCCAGCGCUGCCAGUCCCGCCGCCACUAGCAGGGCUCCUGAAGUACGACACGCGGAUGCUGCCGGUGACGUGGCUGCUGCAGUGCUUUGGCCCCGUGUCGCCGCCGCUGGGGUGUCUGUGGGCGCGGCAACGGGAGCUGCGGGCCGCGAUUCUGGAGGCAGCGGCCGUCGCCUUUGCCGCUGAGGGUCACCACCAGCAGCACCAGCAGCACCAGCAACAGGGCACAGCGCCGCAGUCAGCGUCACGGCGGCUGCCCCGCGGCUGUCCUGUGGUGCGGUUCGCUCGGGACUGCCUGGCCGCGACGCCCGCCCACCUGCGGCUGCAGGUGCUGGAGGAUGCGGUGCGGCUGUCCCGCAGGCUGUGUGGCGGAGGCGGAGAGCUGGCACCGCCACAGACACCGGCGCAUGCGCACACACACCAGCAGCAGCAGCAGCAGCGGGCAGGGGUAGCGUCGCUCGAGGAGGAGGGAGCGGAGGAGGUGGACACGAAGGAGGGCGGGCAGAUGGAGGCGCCGCCGCACAAGCGCCGGCGGCUUGACGCCGUGCCGGCCCCGGUGCCGGCAGCCAAGCAAGCUGAGACGCCGUCAGUGGCAGCGGCAGCCGCGUCUUCGCAGGCGCACCAGCCGGAAUCGGGGGCGCAUCGCUGCUCCCGGUGCCGCAGUGCCCACGUGUUCCACGACGACUCACAGCAGCGCACAGCCACGGCUACGGCAGCGGCAGUGGGCGCAGACGCAGGCAAGCCACAGCUGCACGCGCGGCAGCGGCUGCCGUGGGCGGCGCUGCUGGUGGCCGUGUGCGAGGAGGAGCGGGCGGAGGAGCAGGCGCGGGCCGCGGCAGGCGCGGCGUCGCGCGGCGGCGGCGGCGGCGGCGGCGUGCUUAGUCCCCUGGCGCUGACGGAGCUGCUGUUGGCGCGAGGCGACCUCUUCUGCCCCGAGUGCGACGUGGCGGCGGCCGCCCCCCUCAUGGUGCGCUGCCUCACCUCCCUCACGCCCGACCAGACGGCGGGCCUACUGUGGAGGGUGCUCGCCGCGUCUCGAUCGGAGCGAAGCGCAAGCGGGCAUGGGAGCAGCCAGCACAGCAGCAGUAGCAGCAGCAGUAGCAGUGACGGUGGCCUGCAGUUGGUUGCGGCGCUGGAGGUGCUGCGGCGGCCGCUGCGAAUGCGUGGCGCGGCUGGUGGCGAUGGAGUUGGUGGUGGGGUUGGUGGCGGGGGUGGGGCUGGGGGUGGAGCAACAACAGGCGCUAGCGGGCUGGGAGGUGAGGCGGGUGCUGGAGGCGGCGGCCGCAGGCGCGACGGGCGGCAGCAGCAGGUGACGGCACACGUGGGUGCCGCGGACGCCGGCAGCCAACCGCUUUCUGAUGAGGCCAUCAGUGCGCUGUGGCUUCUGGCGCACGUGCUUCCGCCGCUGUUGGAGCCGCUCAGCCGCUGCCGCGACGCGGCCCCGGCGGCGGCGACACCGAUGUCGGCGGGGACAGCUACUUCGGAGGCGGGUGCGGAGCCGGAUGGAAGGGAUGCGGCUGCGUCGGUCGCUUCUGACCAACGCAGCAGAGUGCAGGGUGUGGCAGGCAAUGCCGAGCCCGACGGUGCUGCAGAUGAGGAGUCCGGGGGCGCAGGUGGACCAGGAGCGGCUUGGGACGUGGAGGGUGGUGAUGCUCGAGCCCUUGACGCUCUGCGCGCCUUGCUGGCGCGACCGGCGCUGCUGCUUCCAGACGGUACUUACGAGGGCGUCAGCGACGAGCAGGGCGGCGGCGGCAGUGUGGAGGGUGCGGCGGAGGCGGCAGCGGCCCAGCUCCCUGUGGCGUCCCAGGUGUUUGCGCUGCACGUGCGCUUAAGCGCCCCGUCGGCCGCGGCCCAGCGAAUACUGGCGGCGGUGCUACUGGACGCACUUGGAGCAUGCGGCGGAACCGGGGGCGGCGGCAGCACGGCGGCAGGGGGCAGCGAGGCCGCGCAACUGGAGCCAGGGCCGGGGCUCCGCCUCGCAGAGGCGCUGGGCGCCCGCAGUUGCCAGGCGGCAGCAGCAGCAGCCACAAGUGAGGGCGCGGGGGCGGCUAUCCCGGGGGCGACGCAGCAGUUGCGGAGCCUCGUUGCCUCGGCACAGGCGGAGCGGCUGUCAUCCCAGCCGCCGCAGGCGCCGCCGUUGUGGCCUGCGGUGAGGCCGCUGCUGGUGUUACUGGAGGCGCUGACGCCGCCGGCUGCUGCUGCUGCGUCGGUCCCGGCGCCAACAGUCGCGCCAACGCAGCUGGCGCCGCCCCUCCACCCAGUUGUGUCGGCGGUGCAAGCGCUGCUGCUGCUGGCCCUCCUGGACACACAGCAGCAGGACGCAGCUGGCUUGCCGGCGGCCUCAGCGCAUGCCGUGGGGGCGGAGCUGUUGGAUCUUAUAGCCGCGAGCGGCGGCGGCGGCGCCGCGGCUUCAGCGAGUGCGGCUUCGGUCCUGACGACGGCAAGUGGCGCUUGCAGCCAGGGCGGCGGACGAGGCGCGGCGCUGGCAACGGCGCUGCUGCCGAGCUGGCGUGCUCGCCUGGACGUGGCGCGUGUGGUUGUCGUGGCCGCGGGCUUGGAGGCGGAAGGGCUGGAAGAGCGGGAGACAGUAGACGCAGCAGCUGCUGACGCUCCGUCCAUACAGUGCCGUGGGCCACUGGCGCGCACAGUAAUGAGCCGGUUGGGUGGUGCGGUGGCGGCUGUAGCCUCUGCCUUGCCGCCGGGGGCGGCGCCGGCAGGCAGUGGCAGCCCUGCCGCAGCUGCCGCCACCGCCGGACGAGGGGGCGGGCGGCUGCCGGCGGCGGCGGCGGCGGCGACAGCGGCGGCGCUGGGGAAGCUGUGGAGGGAGGUGGAGCUGUUGCGGCUCCUGGCAGCGGUCCUGGCGGCGCCGUCACGAGAGGCAGGGCUGCCGUCGGCAGCAGCAGGAGUGGCGGGGGUGGCUGCGGCGGUAGCAGCCAGCUCAGGAGCUAGCGCCGGCAGUGCGGCCGGGCUUCCGCCUGCCGCGCCGCUGUUGACUGUUGCGGCGCCCGCAUACCUUACGGAGCUACUCCGUACAGAGUGCCGACAGCCAGCAUCAGCACUGGCCGCAGCACUAGCUCGCUUCGCACCAGCGACUGCGGGUGAUGCUGCCGCUGGCGCUUCUGCUUGUGUGAAAGGGGGCGGGGUGGCGGGAUCACGAGUGGGCGCACAGCAGAGGCAGAUUGAGGCGGUGGUGCAGGCUUUGGAGGUGCUGGCGGCGGCAGUGGAAGUGGGUGGCAGCCUGUAAUUGCAUAGUUGUAACGACAAGCCAGCACGGUUGACAGCAGUUGGCACGCAGCGCAUUGCGAGGGAUGACGGGUGCGUGGUGAUUUGCGGAAAACCCUUACCCACCAUCGCGCGUCGCUUUAGCGCCCCCGACAACGGUGUUGGACGCUGCUUGGUCGAUGGCGCCAAUUUGAAGCAUACCUUUCUCGGCCUUUUGGCUCAGAUCAUGUGUAGUAUCUGUUCUUAUAAGCUUAAUCGCUUAUAUGGUUCUCAUUGAGAACCUGCGAUUAACUUUAAUAUUUUAGGGGGUCAAGGCAAUGGGGGCGCUUGCGCUCCCGCCGCGACAGCUUGGCAGGAGGCUUACACUACCUCUCUUGCCGAGCACCCCAGCCCAUGUAUUUGCGUACUCAUGUUUCCGAGGUCAAGGAAUGUCAAGGGACUUUAACGAGGUCCGGCCCCCUGUCCACUAAGGCCUUGCGCAAUUCCUGGCUAGGCGGCAACUGCAUCCAAUGUGCCGCCAGAUACCGAUACCGCCCGCAGUUACUGCUCGAAGCCGGGUUGGCAUGGGUGGAUACUGGCCAGAGCCGGGCCUGCACGGCGCACGACGCCGCCCGCGGAUUCCUACGCCCGAAUCGCACCUCCCGUUCCCCCAGGUUCCCCCAGCUGACACCCGGUGCAAGUAACCCUAAGCCCAAUGCGAUCUGUCAUGGGAAGACCGACCUUGGAAGAAGCUGAAGACAGAGCAGCACGAGGGGCGGUCGGGCGCAAACCGACGCGCGAAAACCCUGACACCAAUUCCGAUCCCU